AUGGCAUCUCUUGCAAAAUUACGGUUUUUCUUCAGCCUCUUCUUCUAUGUCUUGCCAAUCGCAGGGUUUAGAAUUCUAGGGGCCAUUGUGCGCGCUUGGAUGAAAAAAUUGCCUUUAGGACCAUCCAUCUGGAAUGCGUUUGCCGGCACUCUAAUGGCCAACACUCCCCCAAAGCAACUUCAGGCUAUUCUACCAUCCACUCUUGACGUGUACAAUGCAUGGACAUUAUCACAAGGGAACAAGUCCAAGGUGGACGUUCUAGCUGCUGAUGGUUCUACUCGACUAUUAUGGAUUGGACCAGAAAAGGGAAAUAAGGUGAUCCUUUUUUUGCAUGUUGGAGGCUAUGUGAUGCCACUUUCCAGAGGGCACCUCGACUGGAUGGAACACGUCAGGAACGAGGCGUAUACCUCUAGGAUUGAGCUCAGUGUGUGUUUUCUUGCAUAUGACUUAAUCCCCGCCAAUCCGUAUCCUAGGCAGAUGGUUCAGGCCAUUUUUGCCCUGAGGCAUCUCUUAUCUAUGGGGUAUAAGCCAUCAGAGAUUAUCAUCGGAGGGGACUCUGCAGGGGGUCAUCUGUCUCUAAGCCUCAUUGCCCAUCUGCAUCGUCACCGUACUUUCAGGGAGACAACAAAUAGUGCAAUCGACCUAGAUGGCCGAAUAAGAGGGUGUUUCCUCGUGUCCCCGCUAUCAUCUUUCAAUUUUGAUACCCCUUCUUACAAAAGAUGGCUCAGUUCCGAUGUUUUGAGUAGGAAGGUUGUGGGUGAAUGGGGAGACCAUCUUGUGAGAAACUCUCCCUGGUAUGAGGAGAUCUCUGUCGGAAAGGGCUGGGGGAUGGCUCUGGAUGUUCCGGAAAGUUGGUGGGAGAAUAUUGAUGUUGUUGACCGGGUUUUCGUCACGGGGGGCUACGAAGAAGUUUUCUGUGAUCAUGUACAGCAGUUGGCUAAAAUGCUCCGGAGGAACGUUGCCAAAGGGGACGUGGAGCUGUAUAUGGCUAAUGAAGCCCAUGAUGGCCCCUUUAUGGACUUCGCUGCGGGCAGACCUCCAAGCGAAACGACGAGGACUAUUACUCAGUUUGUUAUAACGAGCUUUAAAGAUGAAUAG